AUGCCAACACGUUGCGUUGUUGGCAGCUCGAACAGCUUCACCAAGGGGGACAAACUUUUUCUGUUCCUCGUGGAACGGAAAACCUCGAAUGCCGAGCAAUUCGGCUCCAUCGAACGGAAGCUUUUUGAGCUCCCACCCGGCAUUUUUAGCGCUGAUGCAGCAAUCUCCUACUGCCUGGUCUUCAGCCUGCUUCUUCCCUACUUUGACAUUGAAGUCUCCCCCUACGUGUUCCCGUUCGUCAUCUUCCCCGAAGUGUUGAAGACGAUGUCUUGGCCCCGUCUCUGGACCGGCAUAUUCUUCUCUGCACUCUUCAUCAUGUCGAUUGACUCGAUGAUCUUCAACGUGUGCACGGUGAUCGCGUGCGCGGAGGACUUGUUUCCGCAAGUGCGUGCUAAUAACAACAUCAACAAGGUGGCCUUUUUUGUGUGCAUCGCCAUGUUCGUGUCGGGCUUCCCGACUGUCACCCAGGGGGGCACGUACAUCGUCAAGCUGCUCGAAGACCACACCAUCCACGCCGUCAUGAAUCAGUUUAUACCACUCGUCGAGAUCGUGUUCGUCGUUUACAUCUAUGGCCUUCGACGGUUCUCGUUCGACAUGCAGUUCAUGCUUGGCCGUGGGCCGAGCUACUACAUGAAGAUAUGCUGGACCGUCAUCUGUCCCAUGGCGAUGGUGGCGCCCAGCACUGCACCGCUGCCUCUGAGCUUCGCAGCCAGGUCUCAGCCACCUCAAGCCUUGAAGCGGCACUUUGACCCGCCUCUGCCACCAUUCCUGACCUGA